GAUUGUGCGCCACAGCAGAGCGAGACCGGGGCAGACAGUAGUACGGCAGCGGCAGCAUCCACACUGUUUACCGGCGGACGCCUGCUCUCAGUGCCCGAGCUCCACUGCUGGCUGCGCGCAGGAGUCCCGUCUAACUGAGCCGCUACCUCAGCGCCGGUGCAUCCCCGAAAUCAUCCACAAUACUGUUUUUUGAGGGAUUUUUUUUGUUUCUUUUGCUGUUUUUUUUAAGAAAAGAAAAAAAAAAGCAUCACAGUCUACGGGGUCGCGAAGUCGUUGGUGUUUAACCCCCCCUUUUUUCCGUCAGAGAGACGCACAAAAGACGCGCUACACCAAGUCCACCUGGAUAGCUGACGAAGCCGUCCGGUCCGGUUCGAAGGUCCAGCUGGGGGGGAGAAACACGGCGAGGAGAAGUUAGCGCGCGGAAGGCAAGAAGCGAAGACAAGAGGAGGACGACAGGAUGAAUCUCAAGAGUAAUUUGAUUUUCACCCUCUACACUAUUUAUGGGAUUCUUCUCAAAGUGAUGGCUUCAAAAGGCAAAGUUCGAGGCGUCAGCGGUCAGUACCCUCUGGUUCAGAAUAUGACGGUGACAGAGGGUGGGACUGCGAACCUGACCUGCCGUGUGGAGUACAAUGACAACACCUCCCUCCAGUGGUCAAACCCAGCACAGCAGACCCUCUUCUUCGGGGACAAGAAAGCUUUACGGGACAACAGGAUCGAGCUGGUCCACGCGUCCUGGUCGGAGUUGACCAUCAGCAUCAGUGAUGUCACGCUGUCGGACGAGGGCAUGUACACCUGUUCGCUCUUCACCAUGCCAGUCAGAACAGCCAAAGCCUACCUGACGGUUCUGGGUGUGCCAGAGAAGCCGGAGAUCGAUGGCCUGACAAAGCCUGCCAUGGAGGGAGACCACAUCACCCUGACCUGCAUGACUCAGGGCAGCAAGCCCGCUGCCGACCUGCGCUGGUUCAGGAAUGAGAAGGAGAUUAAAGGUGCCAAAGAGGUGAACGCAAGCGGGAAGACAUUUACAGUACGGAGCUCCUUGCAGCUGCACGUGGACAGAAAUGACGAUGGGGUGGCCUACACCUGUAAAGUGGACCAUGUGGCACUGACACAGACACCGCAGCAGGCCACUGAAGUACUGGAGGUCCACUAUGCUCCUCGUGUGGAUAUCAUCCACUCCCUCGCAGUCCCACAGGAGGGUCAGUACUUAAAGCUGGAGUGUGUGUCCAAAGGCAACCCUUCGCCGGAUCCUGUGAAGUGGACAAAGGACGGGGGUGAACUUCCUGACCUGGACAGGAUGAUUGUCGAGGGGAGGGAGCUCACCUUUACUUCACUCAACAAGACAGACAAUGGCACCUACCGCUGCGAAGCCGGCAACCACCUAGGGACCAGCAGUGCUGAAUAUGUACUCUACGUCUAUGACGCCCCCACAACCCCGCCUCCAUCCACCACUCCCCCCCUACAUCCCAUCCCUCCAGAUCCUACAGCCCUAUUAGGCACCCACGCCUCAGACCCCACAGUCACUGGCAACAGAGAUCCCAACGCUGUGGGGCAGCACGGCACUGACCAUGCCUUGAUCGGAGGAGUGGUGGCCGUAGUGGUCUUUGUCACCCUGUGUUUAAUCAUUGUUCUGGGAAGAUACCUGGCCAGGCAUAAAGGAACGUACUUGACAAACGAGGCCAAAGGAGCGGACGAUGCGCCCGACGCCGACACAGCCAUCAUCAACGCCGAGGGCAACCAUGCGCACGCGGAGGAAAAGAAAGAGUACUUCAUUUAGACUGCAGGGGGAGCUGUGCAGCUCCCCCCCCCCACCCCCCACUGUCAAUCUCUGUAUCUCUUUUUCUUCUCUCUCCGUCUCCCCCUUUUCUUCUCCACCUCUGACCACUGCCCCUCCCCCCCCCCCCCCCGUGGUGUCGACGUGGCACCCGCAGGCAGUCCACAGACAGAGAGGUUCCCCCAAGUGUUUUCCUAUUAUUGCCUUUUUGUUGAGCCCAUUUUCUAUCAUUUACAUCCCGUCCUUUAAUUUCCUUUUUUAUUUUUUAUUUUUUUUCUGGCAGCCGGUGUUCACAGGCAGCUUGGCCGGUGCUGCUGAAGUUGUUGUUGUCCCCCCCACCCCCACCCCACCCUUUUUUUUUUGUUGUUUUGUUUUCAUAAUGUAUCCUCAUCUUUGACAUGAAUGCCUGGAAGUCUGUAUAACUACCAUGACUGCUUCGUACAUCGGGCCCUUCGUUCAUCUCCCCCCUCCGAGCAGACACAUACUUCUAUAUCGCCCGCCCCUCUUUGUUCACGCACGUCCACAAAACACAUAUCAUAUCUCACAUCAACACGGUGCCUAAAAAUACAGACGCCAUUGAACUUUCUGUCAAUGCCUUCAUGUAUCGUCUGUCAGUAGCGAUGUAAAAUGCUUCGUAGAUGGUUCGCCAGGCCAUCAUUUCAUUGCUUAAGCUCACAGCUUUUUUUGAUUAUGCAUUGCGUCUAUUUUUUUAAUUUUUUUUUUUUUUUUUGAUUAUUUGAAUGAGAAAAAUCUUUGCUGUUUACGCCUUAUACAUGUCUAUCACACUGAAUAUGGUACUUUUAGAUGAUCCAUCCCCCCACUCCCCCCUUUCGACCCCGCCCCCCCUCUAAAUAGACUUGUAAUUAAACAGUGGACCCUUGUAAGAUAAGAAGAAAGGUUUUGUGUAACACUGUAGCAAGGUUUGUCAGGUAAGUGUAUAAUAUGAUUUUCAUUACUAGGGUAGGGGUUACAACGAGGGUAGUGUGGUAUUGUUUAGAGCAGAGAACACACAAAGAUGCCAGAUGAAGCAUCCCAUUGAAAUAAACUCAACCCAGUAUAUAAAGACCAUUUUGCUGAACCUGCCGUCCCUUAUGUACUUUCUGUCUGUAUAUUCCUGCACUGUCCAGGCUGCAGUUUAGCGACAAGCACCCUCAGUGUCCUCUUGACAGCUUUUACAGUAGUUUGUGAUUCACAUGAAAAGGGUUCAGGUGUACAGGAAGAGUCAGUCUCCUCUCUCGCUUGAAAAGUUGUAUAAAUUGUGUUGAAAUGAGUUUAGCUUUUCACUUUGAAUUAUUUUUUUCCGCUCAUGUUUGUGUCACGUCGGAAUCAUUUAGAGUCUUAAGGACCCCGUGAAGUGUGAAAAAAUGAGCCGUUGGGAGUUAAUAGGAACAAGCGCACAGUUAAAUCAGGUGUCAGUUGACUUUCCUGCACUCUUUUAGGGCCUACAGUCCACCUGUACACAGGGAUUUCUUGUAACACACAUUUUUCUACUUGUUUGGCCGUCUGUCAACACGCGCGACGACGUCUUAGGUCACUGCAAACUCCGUCCAGGGGAAAGAUGACACAGGCGCAUAUUUUCAUCAGUGCUCUUAGCAUGAUUAUCAAAUGUUAACUCGGAGCAUCUCUGGUGAUAUUGGAGUAUCUGAUUUUGCACGUUGAUGAAAUGGAUGUUAUGUAAAAUGUAGAAAGACACAAAUGGACACUGAUAAUGCAGUGAUGGAAGAGAGACAAAAGCGGCAGCUUGCAGUGUUUUGACAAGUUAUCUGUGUCGAUCCUGUGAAGACCAGUCAUGUUUUCUCCGUCUCGUUCACUGUGUUUUUUUGUAACUCAGCAACCAACCAGAGUACACUCUUUGCUUCCUGUUUACGAUGGCCCGUGUGUGGUCAGUGUACAAGAAUAGCCAUUAGAGUUUUUUUUUUCAUGCCAUUUACAAAAAAACCUGUGUACUUGUGGACUAGGCCCAAAUUUGGGUAGCGUGUUUUUUCUACAAACCACGGAUACGUUUCUUCUUGAAGUUCGACCUUCAAUUUUAUCUCAUGACAACGCUGUUCCUGGGACAAAAAACACUUGGUUCUGAAAAGAAUAGAGUUUUGUAGUAUCUGUUAAAAAUAUCCAAUCCUUUUUCACACUUACAGAUGUCAAAACGCAGUAUUGAACAGUGGUCUCUGGCUUGGAAGCCUUCUUGCCGAGCUUGCAACACUACAGCAAUCUACCCAACCCUCCUCGAAUGUCACGAAAGUCAGUUCAUACACAUGUAAUGACACAACAUAUCAAAUGUUUUGUAAAACAUUAAUGUGGUACGUAUGAAAUUUGAAUGUAUUCUUGGUUUGUAGGAACAUAAAAUGCCAGAAAUUCCCAGACUGGGCUGUUACUGCUCUUCUUAUUUCCAUUUUUCAGAACCACUUUCCAUGAACUAAACUGUCAUUUCCAUUUCACGGGGUCUACAAGAGGGUGAAAAAAAAGAGAGAGAAAAAAAAAGGAAGUGUGUGAAUGCUGGGUCAUAGAUCUGCAGGGGCCUCCUUUCCAAAAACUACAAAAAUGAAGACAAAUAGAGAAGCACAAAAAUGUCUGAAUGAGUAACUGUGUUCCCUUGCCAACAACUAGAUUGCCUUGGGGAGGGUUCAUCUAUUCAAAUGGGAAAGAUGAAAAAGGCUGUCUUUGAUUCAAUUCUGGGAGAGAAAAGUAAAAAAAAACAACUACAGUUCAUCUUUUUGAAAAUGUAAGCUGAAUCAUGUUUUUUAUAAAAAGAGAAAUGUUUCUAAUAUUUUUUGGUUUAAAUGGUUCUAAGCUCCCUGCUGUAUAUUGUGUCUAAAUUGUGGUUGAUUGUGAAAAUUGCUGUUAAAUUCUGGAUUACCCCAUAUUCCUUCAAAUUUGUAUAUUAGCCACCUUAUCUAUUUCCUUUUUUUCCAUUUUUCAUUGCAUAUCAGAAAACUUUUAAACAACUGUAUUUUUUGUUUCUUGGCACAAGGCAUGUAUAUAAUGUGUGAAAAACUAAACUUUGGUAAUACACAUUAGCAUGUUUUUGUUUGGUUCUUUUUCAUGUUUAAUUUAUUUGAGCUGAAGUUAUUUAAGGAGAGAGAACCACGAUGGAGGAGUGUUUGUAAUUUCAUUUUUUUAUGAAGAACGGUGGCUUCUUGUGUUUGUGGCGUGCUCGUUGGUGCUGCAGAUUGGAAGGAUUUGCUGUUGAAAAAAAAUUUGAACAGGAAAAAAAAAAGAAAAUCACAAAACUCUGAAAGAAAUCUGGAAAAAUAAGUGUGGUUACUUGUACGUUGGACUUUUGUCCGCAGAGUUAUGAGAAAGUAUACAUUUGUCUUCACAAAAAUACAAAUUCAGAUACUCUACCAUCACGUCGGAGGCGAUGGAAGUGAACGCAACACAUCCUCGUAAACAACUCCUGUUUCCUCGCAUUUGUCCCACGCCGUUCCGUCUAUCAUCGAGUUUGGCUGAUUUACUCUCCCGCGAAAGAGCGAUAAACUCUGUGGCCCCUUGAACUAAAGACUUAAAGGCAGGGCACUAAUCCACUAAGAGGGAGCAAAUUAUUACCAAGGGCAACAUAAUAGUGGGGCCCAGCUGUCUCCAAUUCGAUGGCCAAUUUACAACAUUAUGCAAAUAAGGUCAGCGAGUAAGGUCCUUCGUCGGUGCUAUAACUCCGCUGGAAUGAAUCACAAGUUGGGAAUCGGUAGAUCGAUCACACCAGUCACCUCACGUAUAGAGAAAUUUAGGUUGCAUAUUGUGUUUUUGGGAUAGUUAAGAGAUUUUUAAAAAAUGCGGUGCAAGUUUGUUUUUUUUCUUCAGUUUCCAUACUUAGUGUACUUCGGUCACCACAAACCUUCAGUAGAUCCAGACUAAAGCGUUGCUAGACUGGUCUCUGAUCAGUAGGAACCAUCUGUAUCACGUGUGUGUAUAGAGUUCACAAUGAUGUAAUGUCUUGUUUGUCUUUCUUUUUUACUUUUCUAUCUAGUUAUUUUAAUUGUGUAUUCUUUUUCUUUUUUUUGUUGUUGUUGUUGUUGCUUUGUCGCAGGCGCGCCCAUUGUAGGAAUAAGAGAGCCGGGUGGAAUCGAUUUGUUGAUCCUGAAGUCGAAGACACGGGCUGUUUUUUGUUGUUGUUGUUGUUGUUUUGGGGUUUUUUUAUUAAUUGAACACAAAUGAGCAGGUCCACACCGAUGAACAGGCGUCUGCGUCAGAAACAAUUCAGGUGCCAUUUGCUGAAUUAUGAACUCUGACUAAUUUGAUGGGUAUUUCUUAGUGGGUUGUGAAAUGUGUUUUGUUUCCCUUUCUGGAAAAAAAAGGGAAAAAAAAAAAUCACAUGUAAAUGUUUGUUUUGACACGAGCAGUAAUGAGCUAAUGUGUUGCAAAUGGCUUUUUGAUGAUAGUUAGACCAAACCUGAAUCUUUUUUUUUAAUUUGUUAUUCUAACAGCCUGGCACAUACCAUCAUGCACUAUUUUGCUAUGACAGAAUUAACUGUAGCUUGGGGGUCGUAUUUUCUUUUGUAUGUUGUUGUUGUUGUUGUUCUUGUUGUUGUUGUUGUCGGUUGAAACUAAGCUUUAAAAAUUGUUGCCUCCUUGCUUUCCGAACGUGCUUCGGUUCUGAUAAAAGCUCCCUGCGUGGUUUCGUAAAAGAAAUCAAACUCAUAAUUUUAAUAUUUAGAGUAUUAAUGAGGUGAUAAUGCAAACUCAGAAAUAUUAUUGUUUCCAUAACCGGAUGAACAAGCUGUCCCCAGUGGAAAAGACACUGUUUGAGGCUAGAGAGGUGGCAGGGUCCGCCACAUAUAAAAAAAGAGAGUCUGAAUUUGUGUCGUCCUUUCAGGUCAGUUUGUUUACGAAGAGGGUUAAUAGAUCAGUGAAGAUUCUUUUUUUUUUUCUUCAGGUAAACAUUUCUUCCGUGAAACUCCAUAUUGAAACUUUAAUAAUACCCACCACGUUAUGGGCCUCUAAUUUCAGACAGUAGGAGCAGCUUUAAUGUAGCCGCUGUGCCAAAUCCAAGACCUCUUCUUUUCUUUUUUUUUUUUUUUUGAUUUGUCUCCGUUCGGUCCAAACGAACCCACUUCCUUUGACUGAAGGUGGGAGAGGUGCAGCUGAGGUUAUUUGUUUAUGCAGAUCAGGCAGUGCAAUACUGGCAGAAGUGUUUUGGCAUGCACUCGCCCAAAAAAAGAAAAAUCGGAAUGUUGGCGGUCGCACAUGCGGACCUUUACAACCCCCCACAAAAAAAAAAAAACAGACUUAAAUGCAUGUUUAAAUACAUAUUUUAAUGUGAUUACAGCAGGCUUUUAUGGCUUAGGUUCACGGGGUGGUUGAUUCAAGAUUCCUCUCAGUUGAUAACACCAGGAGCCAGGAGUCAUGUGUGGGUUUAUUUAGCACGUUUUUAUUAGAAAAGUCACUGUCGGUGUUGACCAAGUGCGCUCAUACGGUUAUUUCACACAGGAUUUCAGUGAAUAUCUGUGGAGCUGUUUCUUUGUGCCUUGCGACUCUGCACCUCCACUUUCCUCCUCCUCCUCCUCCUCCACCUCCUCCUCCUCCUGCCUGUCUGCUUCUUUUUGAGGAGGGAUGAGACGAGCGCAUGUGAUCGGUGAUUAUAGAAGCUCGUCCAAACUCCACCUGCCGGUACUGCAUUAUGCAUUUAUCCUGCUGCGGCCUAUUCGCCACGCUGCACCACCAGAGCAGCAUCCUCCUGCCACAGAAUAUCACAGUUUGUCCCCAUUUUCAGGAAAUUAGAGGCCCAUACCAGCUAAAAAAAAUAUAUAAUAAUGAUAAUCUGAAUCAGAAGACAAUGGUUUAAAAAUACUUCUUGUUUAUGUUUUUUUUUUUUUGUUUGUGUUAAUGGUUUUUAUUCUCCACAGCAGUGACGAUAGCAUGACACAGCCUGGUCCGGUCCUCUCUGUCCUCCCUCUCUGACCCUUCAUCAUGUGUCUUGUGCUGUACAGUUCAGCUUCAGUGCACUUCUUUGUUCCUCUGCAAUAUUGACACUCAGCAUCAAUCAGCCCAAUGUCCAUAUUGUCAAGGUGACGGCAGCGACAUGUGACGCAAAUCGCAUGUAGUGAUGUUUUUCUUUUUUGUUUUGUUUUUUUGCGGAUCUUUUUUUUGUUUUGUUUUUUUGCAUCUCAGGAAUAUAUUUCAUUUAGAGACUUUCUUCUGUUUUGUUUUUGUGUUCUUGUCUUUAAAAAAAAAAACAAAAAAAAAAAACAAGGCGGUUUGUGAGCACUUCCCACUCUUGCUAGCUCCUGAACGCUGACACCAUGUAUCUUGUUCAGUUUUAAGAUUAUCACGAUGUUAAUAAAAAACUAUUCAGUGAUUCUUCAGUAACUCUGUCAUCUUGCUGUCAUUGCGAUAUUAGAGUUAACGGAACCGUCUUUUUGAUAUGAUCACUGACUUGAAAUACUGAUAUUUAGAAAUAUGCUGCAAAAUAACCAUGAGUUUGUUUUUUUUCCGAGGUUGAUAGAAAAGUUGUUUAUACACGGUGUUAUCUGAUUUUAGCUUAUGGUGUGUAAGCAGGUCAAUGUUGGGUUUUUUUUGUCCUCUAUCAUUAUGUUUUCCUUGUAGCGACACACAUCUUCAUGUAUAUCGGUCAGUCACUCACGAAAAAAAAAAAAAAAAAAAACAGAAUGUCCACAGUAAAGAUCAGGAUUAGAGCUAGACACAUGUUAGUUCGGCUUCUGAUGUACCUUGGUGAAAUAAGGGGUUUUUCACAUCAAGCUGUGCUGAGAGGGCUUCAUUCGAUAUUUAGCACCGUAAGCGGAGGUGUUUUUCCUCCCAUUUGUCUGUGGGAUUUAUUAUAUUUAAUUUAGAGGUUCAUUCUCAUGUAUGAAAUUUAAAAAAAAAACAAUUGUUGAAUAAAUAGUUGCCAAAACAUC